CGUGGUCAAAACAAUAACAUCCGUUACAUUCUCCGCCCCCGUCGUUAUCUCACAUCCCCCAAUCCCCCUUAAUAACUCUCAAAACACUUUGCUCUUCUUUUCCUCUGUUUUUCUCAUGGCGACCUCCAACUCCAAUCCACCUCUCAAAGAUGAGCUCGAUAUCGUCAUACCCACAAUCAGAAGCCUCGAUUUUCUUGAAAUGUGGAGGCCCUUCUUUGAACCUUACCAUUUGAUCAUCGUUCAAGAUGGUGAUCCUUCCAGAGCCAUCAAGGUCCCCAAUGGCUUCGAUUACGAACUCUUCAAUCGUAACGACAUUAACAAGAUUUUGGGUCCCAAGGCUUCUUGCAUCUCCUUCAAAGACUCUGCUUGUCGAUGCUUUGGCUACAUGGUUUCCAAGAAGAAGUAUAUCUUCACCAUUGAUGACGACUGCUUCGUUGCUAAAGAUCCAAGUGGGAAAGAUAUAGAUGCACUUUCACAACACAUUAGGAACCUCCUUCACCCAUCGACACCCUAUUUCUUCAACACCCUUUAUGACCCUUUCUCCGAAGGUGCUGAUUUCGUCCGUGGCUACCCUUUCAGCCUCCGUGAGGGCGUCCCCACCGCCGUGUCUCAUGGCCUGUGGCUCAACAUUCCUGAUUACGAUGCCCCAACACAGCUUGUCAAGCCUCGCGAGAGAAACAAUAGGUAUGUUGAUGCAGUUAUGACAAUCCCAAAGGGAACACUAUUCCCUAUGUGUGGAAUGAACCUGGCGUUUGAUCGUCAACUCAUAGGCCCAGCCAUGUACUUUGGGCUCAUGGGUGAUGGUCAGCCCAUUGGUCGCUACGAUGACAUGUGGGCUGGUUGGUGUGUCAAGGUGAUUUGUGAUCAUUUGGGGCUUGGGAUCAAGACGGGGUUGCCAUACAUAUGGCAUAGUAAAGCUAGCAACCCAUUUGUGAACUUGAAGAAAGAGUACAAGGGUAUCUUUUGGCAAGAAGAGAUAAUCCCAUUCUUUCAAGCCACCAGUCUCCCAAAAGAGUGUACAACGGUUCAGCAAUGUUAUGUGGAGUUGUCUAAACAUGUUAAGGAUAAGCUCGGGAAAAUAGAUCCUUACUUUGUCAAGCUUGCAGAUGCCAUGGUUACAUGGAUUGAAGCUUGGGAUGAGCUUAAUCCUCUGGACUCCAAGAAGGGAAACGGGAAGUGAAGAGUCAAAGUGUCUGUGUGUGUUUGUUUUAGGGUCUUUUUGUUUGGAGUUGUAGUAGGUAUGAGCGUCAGGAUUCAAGAUUAUUUCUCAAACAAAGUUUUAUAUACGAUUUCAGGUUUUAUUUUCUAAGU